AUGUCUGAAGAACCAAAGUCAGAGCCAAAGGACAGUCACAUCAACCUUAAGGUUACAGAUGGAAGCUCAGAGGUCUUUUUUAAGAUCAAAAGAACGACUCCUUUGAAGAGAUUAAUGGAAGCCUUUUGCAAGAGACAGGGCAAAAGUGUCGAAAGUUUGAGAUUUUUAUAUGAAGGUCAGAGGUUGACACCAGAUUCCACUCCAGAGAGCUUGGACAUGGAGGAUGGUGACUUGAUAGAGGCUCAUAGAGAGCAAGUUGGAGGGGCUUUUUAUUAG